AUGUUAAAAUUCUACGCGAGGUUCGAAAUAAGUGACGAGACUGGAGAUCCCAUGACUGAUAAGGACAUGGCAUUGCAGCAUUACUCAAGGAUAACAUCGCUUCAGAAAGCAGCAUUUUCAAAGUUCCCCGAUUUGCGACUUUUUGCCCUUGCUAAUGUGGCAAGUGUCGACACGAGAGAAUCCUUACAAAAGCAUUUUGGAAACUUGAGUGAUCGGGCAUUACGCGCAAUUGCAAAUUAUCUGAAUCUCAUACCACCCGAGGGCAGAGAGUCCGAGGCUGCUUGGCAUCGUUUGGACAAACAAUUCCUUCAGGAGUUAUUGAUUUCCCGACAUGAACGCCGUAUAUCACAGUUGGAAGAGCUGAACUCUAUGCCCCUAUACCCCACGGAGGAAAUAAUAUGGGACGAAAAUGUCGUCCCAACCGAAAUCUACAGUGGCGAAAACUGUCUCGCACUGCCCAAACUGAAUCUACAAUUCCUCACUCUCCAUGAUUAUUUAUUAAGGAAUUUUAACCUGUUCCGCUUGGAGAGUACAUAUGAGAUUCGGCAGGAUAUAGAGGAUGCGGUCUAUCGUUUGGCGCCGUGGCGUGCAGAAGAUGACAGCGUAUACUUCGGCGGUUGGGCGAGGAUGGCCCAUCCAAUACAGAGCUUUGCUGUGGUUGAAGUGGCCAAGCCAAAUAUUGGCGAGAAAGCACCUUCCAGGGUCCGGGCAGAUCUCACUGUCACUCUUAGUGUUAGACGAGAAAUCAAGCAAGAGUGGGAAAAUUUAAGGAAACACGAUGUCUGCUUCCUUGUUACUGUUAGACCUACUCAGAGUAUAGGAACGAAAUAUGACUACAAAAAGAGUAUGGUGGAGCAAGCGGGAAUCGUGUACGUCCGCGGCUGUGAAGUUGAAGGUAUGCUGGAUGCAUCAGGACGGGUCAUCGAGGAAGGUCCGGAGCCGAGGCCGGAAUUAGAAGGGGAUUCCAGAACAUUCCGUUUAUUACUGGAUCCUAACCAGUACAGGGUUGAUCUUGACCGCGCGAGCAAGGGCCAUGAGGAUGUAUACGAGACAUUUAACAUUGUGAUGCGAAGAAAACCAAAAGAAAACAACUUCAAGGCAGUGCUGGAGACCAUUCGUGAGCUCAUGAACACGGAGUGUGUAGUACCAGAUUGGCUUCAUGAUAUCGUCUUGGGAUAUGGUGACCCUGGACAGGCCCACUAUACCAGGAUGCCAAACGAGAUUCCGACUCUGGACUUCAACGAUACCUUCUUGGAUAUGGAGCACCUUAGGAACAGUUUCCCCGGCCACGAGAUCAAGCUGAAAACUGACAAUCCACAGAAACUGGUCAGGCCAUUUAAAGUUACUUUCGACAACGUGUUACGUAAGCAGGAGCUUGGAGAUAAUGCUAUGGAUGAAGAUGAAGAACGGAAGGUCAUAGUUGUGGAACCGCACGUACAGCCCAAGCGAGGGCCUUACCUCUAUAAUGAGCCGAAGAAAAACAAUAUACUGUUCACGCCGACACAAGUGGAGGCUAUACGAUCGGGAAUGCAGCCUGGAUUAACGUUGGUCGUCGGACCACCGGGAACAGGUAAAACAGACGUGGCCGUACAAAUAAUAUCUAACCUCUACCACAACUUCCCAUGGCAACGGACGUUGGUAGUAACGCAUAGUAACCAGGCUCUCAACCAGCUCUUCGAGAAGGUGGCAGAACUCGAUGUUGAUGAGAGACAUCUACUGCGUCUUGGUCACGGUGAAGAGGAAUUGCAGACGGAUAAGGAUUUCUCAAGGUACGGUCGUGUAAACUACGUCUUAGCAAAGCGAUUGGAGCUCUUAGAUCAAGUAGCUCGUCUCCAACGGACCCUGGAGGCUGGUAGCGAGGCUGGAGCCACAUGUGAGCUUGCACAUCAUUUCCACGUGUACCAUGUGCGUCCACGCUGGCAAGCUUUUAUGCGGGCUGUUAAACAGACGAAAACCGUGGAAACCAUCAGUAAAGACUUUCCAUUCCACGAAUUUUUCGAUGACGCCCCCAAACCACUGUUUCCGGGAAAAUCUUAUGAAGAGGAUUUGGAAAUUGCUGAGAGUUGCUACAGGUACAUAGACCACAUUUUCGAAGAAUUGGAAGAAUUUCGUGCGUUCGAGCUGCUUAGGUCUGGUCUCGAUCGUUCCAAAUACUUGUUGGUGAAGGAAGCCAAAAUUAUCGCCAUGACGUGUACGCACGCCGCACUUAAACGUUCCGAGCUGGUUCAGAUUGGUUUCAAAUACGACAACAUCCUAAUGGAAGAAUCUGCUCAAAUCCUUGAGAUCGAGACCUUCAUACCGCUGCUGCUCCAAAACCCUCAGGAUGGUAGAUCGCGUCUCAAGCGCUGGAUCAUGAUCGGUGAUCACCACCAGCUGCCUCCAGUGGUGAAGAAUAUGGCCUUCCAGAAGUAUUCUAAUAUGGAGCAGAGUCUCUUUACCAGAAUGGUUCGUUUGGGUGUGCCAUAUGUUGAAUUGGAUGCACAGGGACGAGCAAGGCCUACUAUUUGCAACCUGUAUCGUUGGCGAUACCGCGCUCUUGGAGACUUGGGACACGUGUGUCGCCUGCCCGAGUACCGCGCAGCUAACGCUGGUUUGCGGUACGACUUCCAACUGAUCAACGUGGAGGAUUUCAAUGGAGCGGGUGAAACUGAACCCAGCCCUUAUUUCUACCAAAACUUGGCGGAGGCAGAGUACGUGGUAGCGGUGUUUAUGUAUAUGAGGAUCAUUGGAUGGCCAGCGGAGAAGAUCUCUAUCCUUACCACUUACAACGGACAGAAGCACCUCAUCAGAGAUGUCAUUGAUAAGAGAUGCGCUGACAAUCCACUUAUUGGCAGACCUCAUAAGGUAACGACGGUGGAUAAAUAUCAAGGUCAACAAAACGAUAUCGCCUUGAUAUCUCUGGUGCGUACUAAAGCCGUGGGUCACGUGCGCGAUUUGAGACGUCUGAUCGUCGCGGCGUCUCGUGCUCGACUGGGACUUUACGUGUUCGCACGCGCUAAUCUCUUUAGGAAUUGCUUCGAAUUGCAACCUACCUUCAAUCAGCUAGUAGAGCGUCCGUUGGAACUCGAGUUGGUCCCUGGCGAGCGAUACCCGGCUCAACGGAGCGCGCACGCAGUCACACCCGACGCGCUCGUUAUGAGCAUACGAGACAUGCCGCAUAUGGCCCGAUACGUAUACGACCUAUAUAUGAACACUGCUGUACGACCUCAGGCCGAGCGAGAAUACAGUGCGCCGGGAACGCGUCGUGCUGCGCAUACGCAGGAACCCACUCACCAUGUGUCUGCGCAUCCUGGGGGUGACUCUGACGAUGAGACUUUCACUCCGUCAGAAAUUGUUAAUGAGAUCGACGAAGCCACUGGAUAG